AUGGCAACUCCUACUUCUCCAGGGUUUUCUUAUUUUCAUUUUUUUAAUGAAAAGUUCCAAGCAGAUAUGGCUGAACUGCUUAAAGAAGGUCCAACAGUUCGUCGUGUUGUAGAGAUCAUACUGCAGAAUAUUGAUCUCUAUCCUAAUAUGCUUGCAACUUAUAAAGUUAAACCAAAUAGAUUUGAUAAUAUACAAGUUUUCAAUAUUGAAAUACCAGAUGCAGAUGAUUGGGAACCUAUAGGAAAUGAAUGUUAA